GGGAAGAACGCCGUGGGGAUGGCGCGGGGACGUAGGAGCGUAUCGCGGCCCGCGGCGCCGCCGGCACCCGCCAGCGCGGCCCCGGCGGCCCCGGUGCCGGCGGCGCAGCCGGCGCAGCCCGGGCUGAUGGCGCAGAUGGCGAGCACGGCGGCGGGCGUGGCCGUGGGCUCCGCCGUGGGGCACGUCGUGGGCAGCGCCCUCACCGGAGCCUUCGGCGGCUCCUCCGAACCGCCCCGAGCGGCGGUGCCCGCGCAGGAGCCCCGGCAGCAGCCCGCUGUGCAGCCGCAGUCCCCGUACGGGCCGUGCCACUACGAGAUGAAGCAGUUCCUGGAGUGCGCCACCAACCAGCGGGACCUGACCUUGUGCGAGGGCUUCAACGAGGCCCUGAAGCAGUGCAAGUAUAGCAACGGUGUUUCUUCUCUCCUGUGAAGAAUCUGCCCCCCCUAUAGGAAGGAGAAGAGCUGGUGUAGAGCCGUGCUGCCUGCGGGAGUGAAGGAAGGACGGACAGACAGGCGCUGAGCUGAGGGAACGGGCUGGGAGAGGAGCCCUCUGGUGGUCCUUCACUUCUGGACUGGUAGGGAAGGAAAAGAACGGUUGAGACUGUGGAAAUCAGUGCUCUGUUUAUCGUGGAGAAAUAAAGAAGCUUAUUUGGAAGUA